AUGGACCUCGACCUCCGCUGGGCUGCUACUCUGCUCAUGUCCACCGGUCGGCCGGCCCUGCAUCUCCGCUUGGCUGUCCGCCCCUGCUGUGGAGCCUGUCGGGCCCUUCCACCUGGUCGUCCGCCCCUGCCGUGGAGCCUGUCGGGCCCUUCCGCCCCUACAUCUCCGCUUGACUGCGCCUCCGUCAGGCCCUUCCGCCUGGUAUGCCCCCCGCCUCCACUCUGCUAUCUGUUGUCUGCUCUGCUUAUCUGCUUGUCUACUGUCUGCUCUGCUUGUCUUCCGUCGGGCCCUUUUCCAAAUCUCGUGUACUCUACUGUCUGUUCUACUUGUACUGCUGCUCUGAAGCUCUUGCUUUUUUUUUAUGUAGCAUCCAACAACAUGGCAAGCUCAAGUGAAGCACCUGAUUAUGAUCCCAAGACUGAUCCAGCAAGGAAAGCGAAGUCUAAUGAUCCAGGUUGGAAAUAUGCCUACUGGCAGGACCCUGCUAGGAGAGACUGGGUGACAUGUAUCCUGUGUGGAAAUGAGGCUUCAGGAGGCAUAAAGAGGUUCAAGCAACAUUUGGCUGGUGGAUAUGGAGAUAUUGUCCUUUGUCCAAAAGUUACCACUGAAAUAAGGAAAGAGAUGGAAGCUUACUUGCAAAAGAAGAGAAGAAGGCCUUUGUUCUUGGAUGCCGCCAAGAGAAGGCAUGCUACCUAUCAAUUCAAGGCUUCAAGACCUAGCAAUGGCAAUUCAACACCAAAGACACCAAAGACAACAAAGUCUGUUGUUGCUAUGCUUAGAAGAACACUUGAACAGAUAGUAGAUCAAAGGCGUGCAAAGGACUUUCAACCCACCAUUGAGUCCAGCACAAAGACUAAGGAGGAGAAGCAAUAUGUGGAUUUGCAAUGGGCACUAUGGUUCAUGGAGUGUGGUGUAUCCUUUAAUGCAACAAAUUUAAGGCAAUUUGAAAUUGCCUGUGAGGCAACAUCCCAAUAUAGUUCAGGGUACAAGCCUCCAACUAACCAACAGCUUGGUGAACCUUUGCUUCAAGAAUGUGUUAAGGUGACAAGUGCCAUGAGGAAGGACCAUGAGCAGGCCUGGAAGCAAUAUGGUUGUACACUAAUGUCAGACGGAUGGACUGAUAUGAGAGGGCGCCACUUGAUUAAUUUUCUUGUGAACAACCCUGAGGGAACGUACUUUUUGGAGUCAGUUGAUGCAUCAAGUCAAGUUCAUAGUGCAACAAUGUUAGCUGAUUUGUUACAGGAGAAGAUUGAGGACAUUGGAAAGGACAAUGUUGUUCAAGUUGUGACCGACAAUGGCGCUAACUACAAGGCUGUUGGUAAGAUUUUGAUGGAUAGGAUUCCCACACUGUUUUGGAGUCCUUGUGCUGCACAUUGCUUGGAUCUAAUGUUGGAAGAAAUUGGGAACUUGAAGGCAUUUAAGAAACCUAUUGCACGUGCUAGGCGUGUCACCACAUUCAUUUAUAGGCAUGGGAGGCUUCUUAGUGCAAUGAGGGCUCAAACAGGUGGGACUGAUCUUGUUAGGGCAUCAAAGACUCGAUUUGCCACAUCAUUUCUGACAUUGAAGAGUUUGUACAAGAAUAAGGAUGCCUUGAAGAGCUUGUUUGUUAGUGAAGCAUGGAUUGGGAACAACUUGUGUACAACUACAGCAGGUCAACAAGUGCAAGACAUUGUGCUAUCUACUGAGUUUUGGAACUCAGUAGAAGAUUGCCUAAGAGCUUCAGCCCCACUCUUAAUUGUUUUGAGGGCUAUUGAUGGUGAUGAGAAGCCUGCAAUGCUAGAGGUCACAACUCUAAUGAAUCAUGCAAAAGAUAGGAUAAAGCUCAGCUUCAAUAUAUCAACCAAGCAGGGCCUGCUCAAGCGUAUCAUGGACAUUGUUGAGAAGCGUUGGGUGAACCAAAUGGAGCAUCCAUUGUAUGGGGCUGCACUAUAUUUGAAUCCAGGGAAAUUUUAUCCUCUUAUGCAUACAAAGAAAAGGAAUAGGCUGCUGCACAAGAGAUUGAAUGAUAUUGUUUUUGUUUCAUACAAUCGGAAGAUGAGAACAAGGUUUCAGCUUAUGCGUGAGAAGGCAAGCAAGAAAUAUGACCCUUUGGUUGAGGAGUUUGAUUGGGACAAUGAAUGGGUUGAUUCAUUGCAUGUGCCCAUUCUGAGUGCUCGAGGGUCUGAUGCUGUCAAUGAGCUCACAUGGCAGCAUGUUGAUGAAGCCACCAGUGCAUCACAAGCGUUUCGUUCAAGAAAUGUUCCUGUUCCUGCUACUGAAGAUGGAGAAGAGGAAGAUGAAGUUGAAGACCCACAUGAUGAUGCGGAAGUGAGCGAGUGUGAAGAAGAUGGCAAUGUUCUUGCUACUGAAGAAGACAAGGCUGCUAAUCCUGAUGAGUUUGAUGAUGGAUUUUGA